AUGGCCGAAAGCAGGUGUGACACGCCUGCUUUCUUCGAGCACCUCGCGCAUAUUUCGGCAGAGUACGAGCGUCUGCAGCUCGAGAACAGGAGGUUACGCUGUGCGUUGCAAGAGGCCUCCAGCCACGAUGUGGCGGUGCUGCCUCGUGCCUUGCAGCUGCGUCAGGAGGCGCGCCAUGGCGCUGUCGACGAUAUCGAGGUGAUCGAGAUGACCAAGGCAGGUCAGGGGCGCGCAUAA